UUGAUCUGCUUCCUGGGUUUGCUUUCGCUUUUGCAGGGUCGCUCCAGGGGCUGAGGCACUUGCUCGGUGACGAGCACCGAGCCCUGCGCUACCUGCGAGCCAGCAGCGAGCAGCUCCCGCUCCAGAUCCGCCCCUGGGGCAAAGCUGGUGGUGAAGUCCCCCACCCCCGGAUUGCCUCCUAUCUCUGCAGGCCCCCAGGUCUCCCCCACCGUUGCAGACACCUGGGGGGAGCUGCCUCGCUAACCGCGCUACCCGGGGCUUGCACCGACCAGGUGGAGCCGGGCUCCCGAGGCGAUGAUACCGCUUUGCAACCGAGCUGGGCGCCACCUGCUGCGGGUGGCCGGGGCGAGCCAGUGGCUGCGUCUCCUGAGCCCCCCGCUGAGCAGAGGCUGCCAUUCGGGGGAAGCCCAGGGCGCCCCGGCCAAGGCCACCAAGAAGAGAGGCUACGACAUCACCAGGAACCCCCAUCUCAACAAGGGGAUGGCCUUUACACUUGAAGAGAGGCUUCAACUUGGAAUUCAUGGUUUGCUUCCUCCAUGCUUCUUGAGCCAAGAUGUUCAAGUUCUCCGUGUCAUGAAAAGCUACGAGACCAAAUCCAGUGAUCUAGACAAAUACAUUAUUCUUAUGACACUGCAAGACAGAAACGAGAAGCUUUUCUACAGAGUGCUGACCUCGGACACUGAGAGAUUCAUGCCCAUAGUUUAUACUCCCACCGUCGGCCUGGCCUGUCAGCAGUAUGGUCUAGCUUUCAGAAGGCCGCGUGGGCUGUUUAUCACCAUUCAUGACAAAGGCCAUAUUGCAACAAUGCUAAACUCCUGGCCUGAAGAAGAUAUAAAGGCCAUCGUGGUGACAGAUGGAGAGCGAAUUCUAGGCCUAGGAGAUCUAGGAAGUUAUGGCAUGGGCAUCCCAGUAGGGAAACUUGCCUUGUACACAGCCUGUGGUGGAGUGAACCCGCAACAGUGUCUGCCUGUCCUGCUUGAUGUUGGCACAGACAACGAGGCUCUCCUGAAUGAUCCACUCUAUAUUGGACUGAAACACAAGCGGGUCCGUGGGAAACAAUACGAUGAACUGAUUGAUGAGUUUAUGCAAGCAGUCACUAACAAGUAUGGCAUGAAUUGCUUGAUCCAGUUUGAAGAUUUUGCCAAUGCCAACGCUUUCCGUCUUCUCAACAAAUACCGCAACAGAUAUUGUACAUUCAACGAUGACAUUCAGGGUACUGCCUCUGUUGCAGUAGCUGGCAUCUUCGCAGCCUUAAGAAUCACAAAGAACAAGCUCUCCGACCAUAAGUUUGUUUUCCAAGGAGCCGGAGAGGCUGCCAUGGGCAUAGCCCAGCUCAUCAUUAUGGCCAUGGAAAAGGAAGGAAUUUUGAGGGAAGACGCCAUCAAAAAAGUCUGGAUGGUGGACUCCAAGGGACUAAUUGUCAAGGGGAGGAGUCACCUGAACCAUGAGAAGGAAAUGUUUGCCCAAGACCACCCCCAGAUGAGAACUCUGGAGGAGGUAGUGCAAAGGGUGAAGCCAACAGCUAUUAUAGGUGUAGCCGCCAUCGCAGGUGCGUUCACGGAGAAGAUUUUGAAGGACAUGGCGGCUUUCAAUGACAGGCCCAUCGUAUUUGCCCUAAGUAACCCCACGAGUAAAGCAGAGUGCACAGCUGAGCAGUGCUAUCACCUAACAGAGGGCCGAGGCAUAUUUGCAAGUGGGAGUCCAUUCCCUAAAGUAACCCUGGCCAGUGGACAGACUUUCUUCCCCGGCCAAGGAAAUAAUGCCUACGUGUUCCCCGGAGUGGCGCUGGGAGUCAUUGCCUGCGGGGUCCGGCAUGUCUCCAACGAGAUCUUCCUCACCACGGCAGAGUCUAUUGCUGAAGAGGUCACGGAGGAGCAUCUUGCUGAAGGGAGACUCUAUCCUCCCCUGAGUACCAUCAGAGAGGUGUCCUUCAAAAUCGCUGUUAAAAUUGUUGACUACGCCUACAAACAUAAUCUCGCUUCCUGGUACCCAGAACCAGAAGACAAGGAAGCCUUUGUCAGAGCCCUCAUCUAUAGCACUGAUUAUGAGUCAUUUGCUAUCGAUAACUACAGGUGGCCACAAGCAGCCAUGCACAUUCAAGAUGUAUAACUUUUUAAAAAUUCUGAUCCUUAAUAUUCCCUGGUUGUUACCAUCAUUGCCAUAAAUGCGUCUUCAGGCCUGCAAAAUUUUACUGUAUCUGGAAACAAGCACUUUCUUACUUGCAGCUGCCUUUUUACUUUGUAAGUACCUGACUAGGCAAAAGGCCAGAGCCAACAUGUGCAGUGACAGAGACAUAUAUGUCUAAAGGCUUACCCCCCAAGAAGUCCUGCACCGCAGUUUCCACCUUCCUUUAAAGCACUCCUGUGACUUUGCAUAAACAGUAUUCUCUUCUAAACAAAUUGUCUCACUUCUGUAUCAAAAGAAUGAAUUUUAAAGUUGCAAAUCACACAGGAACCAUAGCUCCGAAGGAGCUGGCUUGGGUCCUCUCUUCUGCAAAGAGAUGGUGGUAGAGGCCAAAACUGUCACUGAAGUUUAAUUUCUUUGACACACAGAGUGCUGCAGUGAUUUUUUUAUUUUUAUUAUUAAUCAGAAAGAAUUGCAAUCAAAGGCACUGCGGCAUCACUACUGUUUUGGCAAUCUAGUCUCCUUUCGGUGACACUAGCGGAAAUCAGAAGUCGCUGCACUGGAACCAGUGGAGUUUGCUGUUUAGGAAGGCCUUUCAAAAACCUUCCACGUUGAGUGUCUAAUAUCCUGGGACCUUACCAAUCAGUUUAAAUGUAUUAGUGAGGAGUAUCCUUUCCUUAUCAAUUCCUCUAAAAGGGAAUAAUAUCAGUCCAACCUGAAGAUGUUUUUGAAGAGAUGAUAACUUGAAGAUCCAAGUUUGUCCUUUGCAGUGUUGUUGUAGCCAUGCUGGUCCCAGGAUAUUGGAGAGCCAACGUGGGUAAGGUAAUAUCUUUUAUUGGACCAACUUCUGUGGUGAAACAGACAAGCUUUUGAGUUGCACAGAGCUCUUCUUCAGGUCUGGAAAAGGUACUCAGAGUGUCAUAGCUAAAUACAAGAUGGGGCAUAUGAUUGGUUUCAUGGUGCAUUUGUCCAGAAAUUCUUCCUCAUUUUUUGUCCUAUGACUGAGAGGUGUUAAUGGGGUCACUUCGCCUUGAAUGGUCUCUUAAAAUAUGUGUUAACUACUUACGUUAAACAAUCUGUUCCACUUUGUAUUUAGCUGUGACAGUCUGCUUUCCCACACCUGAAGAAUGGCUCUAUGUAGCUCGAAAGCUUGUCUCUUUCACCAACAGACGUUGGUCCAAUAAAAUAUUACUUCACCUACCUUGUGUAAGUUUGUUCUGUUUAUUUAAAGCCUUAUUCUAUUGGUUCAUAUAAUCAAAUGUCGGUAACCUACAUAACUACAAUCAGGCUCCUACACGCCACAGAUUUAAGAAUAUUUGAUUUUCCUAACACAUUCUCCCUUACCUGGCUCCAAUAUGGCCAAGAAAGGUCUCAGGGAAUAGUAAUAGGGUUUUUUUACUUAACAUGAAACAGCACCCAAAGCAUCAUAUCCACUAAGUCAAGUUUAUAUUUCUGCUGCUGGGUUAAAUACAGGCUUUAACCAUACAAGUCUUGCCUCAUCAAAUCUGACUGCCAAUGCAAAGGGAUGGACAUCCAUUUAUUUUCAGACUAACACACUGAAAGGGAAAACAGAAUCUGAUCUAUUUUAAAAUGUUAUUAAUUGAUGCAUAAAUAAAAAGUCUUAGAUCAUGGUUGGGUGAAAACAGACUCAUCACAUAAUUAAAUUCAGCAUGACCAUAUCAAGAGUCAGCAAUGCUCACAUGUGGAACGAUGAUGAACCAGUUAGAUCACAUAUGAUGCAUCCCCACUGAUAUCACAGCAGUCAAAUAGUUUUCUCUAAACUGUUGCAACCAGUUCAGCAAUGUAAAUGUUUGUUUCCUUAUUAGCUAAGACCUCUAGUUUCUUUCCCCAAUUAAAAUAUCAGUUAAAAUGAAAACCUGCAACACAUCUGACGUGUAAAGCCAAAAUUGGGAGCUUUCUCGUUGCUUUAAGCUCCCAGUCAUGCAAGGCUUUACACACAGACUUAACUUACGCUCACAUCGUUGGGGUCAAUUACUGAUAGCGGAUACAGUAAGUCUUUGCAGGAUCAGGGCCUAAGCCAUUCAGACUGUCUGACUCUACAUUGAGUCCACUGACAUCACGUUUCAGCAAGCAAUGAGAUUUACUGUGCUUCUCAGGGUUUAACCUUAGGUUCUCCUCAGUCAGUAUUCGGCUCAAUAAAGCUUUACUUUCAGCUCCAGUGAUGUAAAAAUGGGCAUGCACCAGAAUCCGAGCUGAUCACCCCCAAAUUUUGGAGGAAAACAUUCAGCAUCCCACCUGGAUGGAGGGUGGAGGUUGUAUCCGUUUCUAAACAAGAGUCAGUAUCUGAACUGAAAUCACUAAUGAUUUUUCUCCUUUACUUCAAGCUAUUUGCAUACCUUGUUCUGAACACCCCAGGUGGCAUGCUCCCACCCCACUCAGCUCAUGAGCUAACAUAAACCACAUUUUGAAUUCAGUCAGUGACUAAAGCAGCAGGAGAAGAAAGCACUCCCAAAACAAUGCACACUUCCAGCCCAAAAUACCUUCUGGAUUUUUUCAUUGUCUUUAUUCUCCCCUCCAGUCAUCAGGUGCUAUAAUGACAAGUUAAUCUAAAUAUUAUUCUACUUUUCCAUGUACAGGUCCAAUGGAACCCUUUCAUUGUUGCUUUGUCUGUAAAACUGUGGUAAACUGCCUUAGUAAUUCUUAGUGUUACUUUAUGAAGACCUCAGACAAGCUGAAUGUGCUGGCCAUUUUAUCAGAGAGCAUUAAACAGCUCCUGUAAGUGAUUUCAGUGCUUUUGUAACACAAUGACAGGUUUGUGAACUGCGUAUGUUUCAUUUGUAUAAUCAAUUAAAGCUUACUUUAAAAGUGCAA